CUGAUGGGGUCGUGGCGCAAGGCCUACGGCGCCCUCAAGGACUCCACCAGGGUCGGCCUCGCCAAGGUCAACAGCGACUUCAAGGAUUUGGAUAUUGCGAUUGUGAAGGCGACCAACCACGUAGAAUGCCCUCCCAAGGAACGGCACGUCAGAAAAAUAUUCUAUGCAACCUCGGUGAGCCGCCCUCGAGCCGAUGUCGCAUACUGCAUAUACACCUUGUCGAGAAGGUUGUCUAAGACAAAGAAUUGGACAGUCGCUUUGAAGACAUUGAUAGUGAUACACAGGCUUCUGCGAGAAGGCGAUCCUACGUUCAAAGAGGAGUUCAUGGCCUACUCAUACAGAGGAAACAUCUUGCACAUGGCGAACUUCAAGGAUGACUCGAGCCCAUUGGCUUGGGAUUGCUCUGCAUGGGUUCGCACCUACGCGCUUUUCCUGGAGGAACGGCUCGAGUGCUUUAGGGUUCUGAAAUACGACAUCGAAACGGAGCGUCUCACGAAAUCUUCCCAGUGUUCUACCAAGGCACAUAGUAGAACCCGGACACUGCCUUGCCUUGAUCUUAUGGAGCAUUUGCCUGCAUUGCAGCAGCUGCUUUUCAGGCUUAUGGGCUGCCAGCCUGAAGGUGCAGCGUGCUCAAAUUACCUUAUUCAGUAUGCAUUAGCCUUGGCUUUGAAGGAGAGUUUCAAGAUAUACUGUGCAAUCAAUGAUGGAAUCAUCAAUCUUGUUGAUAUGUUCUUUGACAUGCCAAAGUAUGAUGCUAUCAAGGCUCUUGCUAUCUAUAAAAGAGCCGGCAUGCAGGCAGAAAAUCUUGCCGAUUUUUACGACUUCUGCAAAGAUCUUGAGCUUGCCAGGACGUUCCAGUUUCCUACCCUCAGACAGCCACCCCCAUCAUUUCUUGCAACAAUGGAGGAGUACAUCAGAGAAGCGCCACGUCCCUCAGUCAAGAGUAUUGAGAGUGGGGAGAGGAAGCUGCUAACCUACAAUGAAGAAGAAGCUCCAAAGGAACCCGAAAAGCUGGUGGAAGAGCAGAAAGAAGAGCCCGUAGAGCCUGAACAGGAACCUGAGCCUGAGCCUGAACAACAACAAUUGCAGCCACUGCAAACUACUGGAGAUUUACUCAUCAACCUGGAUGAAGAGGUGAAUCCCUUGGUCAUGGACCUCGAAGAACACAAUGCGCUUGCACUUGCUAUUGUGGCACCAGGUGAUCAAAACAACGCGCCAACUUGUCUAGACUUGUUUUCUGGCAGCACAUCUGGGUGGGAGCUGGCCCUCGUCACUGCUCCGAGCAACCUCACCAGCCAACCAAUUGAGACCAAAUUGGCUGGGGGCUUUGACAAGUUGCUACUCGACAGCCUCUACGAAGAUGAGGCGAGGAGGCAGCAGAUAGCCAGCAUGACCUACCACGGCAGCUCUGGACAAGCCAACCCGUUCGAAACCAAUGACCCUUUCGCCAUGUCCAAUAGCUUCACGCCACCAUCCAACGUCCAGCUGGCAAUGGUGACUCAGCAGCAGCACUACUUCCAGGCUCAGCAACAUCAGCAGCAAUAUUACCAGCCUCAACUACAGGAGCAGUAUUUCCAGGCUCAGCAUCAUCAGCACCAGUAUUUCCAGGCUCAGCAGCAUCAGCACCAAUAUUUCCAGCAGCAGCCUAUGUCUUCCGCGCACUCGUCCGGAGCUUACAAUCCCUUUGGUGAUCCUUUCAGUGACCUUGUAACAUUGGCUUCUCCAAAACAAGGCAAUUCAAGUUUGCUCUGA